AUGGACAAAGAUAAUAGUGCAUCCACGCAGGGAUAUGCAGCGGCGGUACAGCACCCAUUGAACCUAGAUAAUGGGAAGACUAAGCCGAAAGUAAAAUCUGGCCCUCAGGAGAAAAAUAAGGGAGCUUCGGGCAAACCUAAUCCACCCGCAAAAGUAAACACACCCAUCUCUUCUUUAGCGCCAGUUUCAACUUUAGUCUCUGAUUCCAACACUUCGAUUUUGAGUGUAAGCCGUGAGACAACUGUUGCUCCCCGGGAUGGCGUGGAGCAAAAAGACCCGGAAGAUUGGAUACAGCAAAUUAAUAAGCAAACUCAAAAAUUAUUGCAUGAUAAUCAACACGGUUUUCGAACUACCCGUUCUACAACUACCAAUCUUGUGUCUCAUCUUGACUAUGCAUAUGCUGAAUUAGAUGCUGGUAGAAAGCAUUUGACCUGGUCGACCACGAUAUCUUGUUGCGUAAAUUGGCGGUGA